GACAACGGCACGGUGGCCUUUGAACGAGGCGGGCCUGCACCUCACUACGUGACGCAGCCCACACGAGAGUUCCACGCUGACGGCAAAGCCUUUGCAAUGGAACGGGACAUGACCUGGACAGCUACGACGGAUGUGCGUCGCUCCGCCGUCUUUGUGAUGACCAGGAUUACGCUCGUACACUGUCUAGAAGGAGACUGGGGCGCCUCGAUGCGACAGAUGCUGACAGCAGAGGAGCUCCUGGUGCUGCUACAGCUAAAAAGAUCCCUGCCCAUGAGGAACCUUGACUGGGCACUCCGGCUCCAAGCGGACGUGGCUGCCUUGCGGACAAUCAUGGCUUCCCUGCAGAGCACUCAACUGCGCUUUCCCGGCUUCUGCUGUCCGGUAACUGUCGAAUUCGGCAAAGCCUGGACUCCACAAAGUUCUGACGACCCACUGCAGACCCUGGGAACGGUCGAACACCUGCUGCAUUGGAUGGAGGACUUCGGCUUAGGAGGCUACACACCCAGUGAAGCGGUGCUCGUCAUGAAUGCCUGGCCCAAGACCACCAGGGAUGUGGGAGCCGCCCUCAGCGAUUUCUUGACCGAAGCACAUGCCGAGUUCUUCUACAGGACCGGGUUCGCUCCCAUGAUGCCCGAAUCCCGUAUCAAGAGUCUGAUGGCAAGUGCAGUGGUGUUUUUUGUGUACAAAGGCUUGCGAGGCGUGUUGCAUAUUCGAGCACCCACGUGCUAG